AUACUAACAGGGUUCAGCACAGGUGCUACCGGCUACAUCGGAGGUGAUGCCCUCUAUGCAGUUGCAAAUGCCUACCCAGACCUGGAGAUCACUGCACUUGUUCGCAACAGCGACAAAGGAGCCAAGGUUGCCGCACAAUAUCCCAAGACUCGACUUGUGUACGGUACGCUUGACAGCACCGAGUUACUCACCACCGAGGCUUCAAAUGCAGACAUUGUUCUUCAUUGCGCCGACUGCGAUCACGUGGCCGCUGCAAAUGCUAUCGUUGCUGGACUUGCUCGAAGUGGAAGAAAGACAUACCUCAUCCACACCUCUGGAACUGGUGUCUUGUCUUUCCCGGACAUUGAGAACAACACCUUUGGUAUCAAGCGAGAAAAGACCUUUGAUGAUUGGGACAACAUUGGUGAGGUCACUUCAAUCCCUGAUGUAGCGCUCCACCGCAAUGUCGACAAGAUCAUCCUCGCAUCGAACGAGGUAUCGGCAGGCAAUAUCCAGUCCGCUAUCGUCUGCCCACCGUGUAUCAAUGGCCCAGGACGUGGUCCCGACAACCAAAGGAGUGUGCAGGUAUAUGAUAUGGCCAAGGUAGCACUGAAGCGUAUGAAAGCUUUCGCUGUUGGUGAUGGCGACAACAUUUGGACUCAGGUCCACGUCCAAGACCUCAGCGACGUCUUCCUGGCACUGGUAACGGCUGCUCUCUCACCAGAUGGUGGAAAGGCGACCUGGAACAAGGAAGGGUAUUAUUUCGCUGAGAGCGGAGAGUUUCGCUGGGGUGAUAUCAGCAGCAAGAUCUCUGAGGUUGCAUUCAAGAACAAGCUCAUCAACCAUGAGGGCGUCGACAAGGUGAGCAAGGAGGAGGCUGACGAGUUGAGGCCAGCGGGCAGCUACCUUUGGGGCACCAACUCUCGCUGCAAGGCCAUUCGAGCCAACAAGCUGUUCGGUUGGACCCCUAAACAGAAGAGUGUGUUCGAUCUGAUGCCAGAGAUCCUCGAUGCUGAAGCGAAGGCGCUUGGUCGCAUUAGGCAACAUGCUGAGGAAGCUGCUGAGGGGCGCAUCUUGAAGUACUAUGUAUUAGGCAACAAAAUGCAACGUGUGAUUGUUGAAGUUUGCGCAUGCCUGGGCGCUGUAUCUAAAGCAAAUUGGCUUACAGGCAAUUCCUUCGCGACCAUGGAUAUCAUACAAGCCGUCUCCGGCUACAUCACCAAGAUGGUGUCGGUCGGGGACACCGCUGCGACAGGCACCUCCGCGGCCAAGAUGAAGAUCCUCUUACUCGACAACGAGACUGUGCCUAUUGUUUCCACGGCGACGACACAAUCCGCCCUCCUCAACCAUGAAGUCUACCUUACUGACCGUAUCGACAACCCAAAGCGGGAGAAGAUGCGCCAUCUUCGCUGCCUAUGCUUUGUGCGACCGUCCCCAGAGUCUAUACAGAGCCUGAUAGAGGAGCUGCGAGAGCCCAAGUAUGGCGAAUACAACAUCUACUUCAGCAACAUAAUAAAAAAGUCCUCGCUGGAACGCCUCGCCGAAGCAGACGACCACGAAGUCGUACGCGCCAUCCAAGAAUACUUCGCCGAUUUCCUCGUCAUAAAUCCCGACCUCAUGUCCCUCAACCUCGGCUUCCCGGAUCAUAGGAUAUGGAGCACAAGCCCGGACUCAUGGAAUCAGGACGCACUACACAGGUCAACAGAGGCAGUCAUGGCGCUGCUUCUGUCGCUGAAGAAGAAGCCUUUGAUAAGAUAUCAGAAGAACAGUCUGCUUGUGAAGAAGCUGGCGACCGAGGUCCGAUACCACAUGACACAGGAAGAGCAGCUCUUUGAUUUCCGCAAGACUGAUACUCCGCCCAUCCUUUUGAUCGUAGACCGAAGAGACGAUCCCGUUACCCCGCUAUUAACGCAAUGGACAUAUCAGGCUAUGGUUCACGAGCUACUCGGAAUACACAACGGACGCGUGGAUCUACGUGAUGUGCCGGAAAUACGUCCCGAGCUCAAAGAAAUUGUGUUAUCGCAAGAUCAGGAUCCCUUCUUCAAGAAGAACAUGUAUCUCAACUUUGGUGACCUAGGACAAAACGCAAAAGAGUACGUCGAACAGUUUGCAUCAAAACAGCAGGGAUCGCAAAAGCUCGACUCAAUUGCCGAUAUGAAGCGCUUCAUCGAAGACUUUCCCGAGUUCCGUAAGCUCUCCGGCAAUGUCACCAAACAUGUUACACUCGUUGGUGAGCUGAGCAGACGAGUUGGAGAAGAGAGUCUGCUGGACAUCAGUGAGCUCGAACAAAGUCUAGCAUGUACAGACAAUCACAACAACGACGUCAAGUCGCUACAAAAGAUCAUCCAGGACCCCAGGGUUCCGGCAAACAACAAGCUUCGCCUCGUUGCCAUUUACGCGUUACGCUACUCAAAGGCGUCUUCGAAUUCGACAGCCAUGCUCCUAGACUUGCUCGCCGUUGCGGGCGGACUGUCGCGGCAUCGCAUCAAUCUUAUCACAAAGCUACUGACCUACCAUGACUCGCUACAAGCGACUACGGCAGCAGGUGGGGUACCGGACCUGUUCCAGCCUGGAUCCUUUUUCGGGGGUGCCCGAGAUCGACUCAAGGGCCUGAAGGGUGUUGAGAACGUCUACACACAGCACUCGCCUCGCUUAGAAGCUACGUUGCAAGACAUGAUCAAGGGUCGCUUGAGCCAGCAGCUGUACCCCUUCGUAGAAGGUGGCGGCUCGACCAAAGAUAAGCCGCAGGAUAUAAUCGUCUUCAUGGUCGGCGGCGCGACAUACGAGGAAGCCAAGAUGGUUGCGCAAGUCAAUGCAAGUUCGCCUGGUAUUCGCGUUGUGCUCGGUGGUACGACCGUGCAUAACAGCACCUCCUUCUUGGAGGAAGUCGAAGAUGCCGUCGACUCGUGGCCCGAGCCUCCCGCUACAUCAGCUGCGGCUCGCUUGAAGAGGGAAAACUGCACAGCCUUCGGACGCGAGUGCGUCUUUAUUACCGUUCCUGAGAGCGCUGCACGCAAGAAAGAAAGGGAGCAGCGAGAGCGCGCGCAGAGCAAGAGCGGCACUGGUGUUACCAUCCCGGACUGGACCAAGAAUCUCCCCGUGCGCACACAGAGUAGUGCGAGUGUACAUGAUGGAUACGACAAUGCGGGAUCUGUUGACACCACGACGCCUGGCACGCCGCCACGAGAUUACGAGUGGGAAGCCUAUCAGCAAGAUGUUGAGCCCGAAACGGAUGCUUGGGAGAGACUGCCCGCAGAGCCUGAAGAGACGCAGGACGACGUGUAUGAGGACGAGAACGACGACGAAGAUCAGAUCGCAACUGAUCUCACGAUUCGAAUCGGGAGGAUGAUCAUUUGUGAAAACGUCACUGGAUUUUUCCGCCCCCAAUACGCCGAAGAGCUCGGCAAGCUUCUGUCUGAGAGCUUCACGCCUUCUUCAUCAGUCACGGGCCAAAGAGCGACACAGUCAUCUGCGCUUCUAUCAGCAGAGCAGAUGCCAUCGCUUGCGCCGUCGCUGAAUCUGUUGCUAGGUGGUUCGCUGCCUAUACAUCAGAAUAACGAAGUUGAGGCGCCACAACUGCCCACCAAGAUGGAGGCCGAGGGGCUACUACAGCGGUACACGGAAGCCGUCAGCCCGCUUGCGCACGUGUUGCAUCUUCCGUCGUUCAAGCGCAUGUUUGAUCGCUUUUGGAUGAACCUUGAGAUUGGGAACCCUAACCAGAAUUCCUGUACUGCUUUGAUACUGGCAGUAUGUAUGGCUGCCGCUGCUUCUGUCUCACCGUUACAAGCCAAGUCGCAGUUUGGGAUUACGAAAGAGGAUCUUUUCCUGCGCCUACAAAAAGCUACGGAGCGGGCAUUGCUUCGCGCUAAUUGGGCGAAGACAUCUAACAUACGGACUUUGCAAGCUUUGACAAUCUACCUGAUACCCCUCUGCCGGGCGCAAAUAUCGCGGGCUACUUCUGUUGUAGUUGGCGCAUUGGUCCGCCUGGCACAAUGCAUAGGCAUACACCGUAUGAGCCACAGCUCGGCCAAUAGUCUAACACCACUGCAACGACAUGUUCGGUCGCUCCUGUGGUAUCAGAUCUGUUUCUUGGACUUCAAGACAGCAGAAGCGCAAGGACCCCAUCCUUCAAUCCGGUCAGAUGACUUUGACAUUGCCCUUCCGUUGAACGUAGAUGACGACGUCUUUGAGUUUGGCAGCCCGAAGUGGCAGCAAAACCCAACCUCCACUACCGGUUGGUCAGACGUCACAUUGUCGUUGAUACGCUACGAGUGCAACGAGAUACACCGUCUCAUAUUCCGCGGCAGGAUUGAGAUGGAUCGCAAACACAUUACCCUCCAUGACCUCCGCGCCCGCGUAGAAGCCAAGAAACGCCAGAUCCAGAGUAAAUACCUCCAAUAUCUGGAUGCCAACGCGCCUAUUCAACGAUACGCAGGCCUAGUUGCGACACUCCUGAUGUCCCGUUGUGACUCCAUGCUCCUAUACCGCCACCUUCCACAAACCUCCUUGCAACCCCGUUCAGAAUCCGAGAACCGCCUUCGUGACGUCCUCCUUACCGCAGCCCUCACCACACUUGAAAUCGGUGCAACACUAGACACACUGCCCUCUCUCUCCUCCUGGGCUUGGUACUCGACCACCUACCAGCAAUAUCACGCGGUCCUGCUUCUCCUCACCGAACUCUACCGUACACCCGAUCUGCCCCGGAAAGAGCGCAUGGCGACCAUCAUCGACCACAUCUUUGGCCACUGCUAUGGCGUCGGUGUAAGAGAACGUUGCUCAGAUCUCCUCUUCACUGUAAAAGAGAACCUAGAAGCCUUUUAUGUAAUGAAGGGUUUCAACAAGAAAAGGCAGCAGGUUGCUCCCCAACAGCAUCCCACACUUCAACCGUUGCCCUCCUUUGGUGGCUCGGUGACUAGUCCUGGAUUCGGUGCGCAGCAGACGCCGAAUAAUAAUAUUCACAGUCAAUUGCAGAGGACGCCCACAACGGGCACACUAGAUGGGUUGAAUGUGGAUUUCGAUAGUAUACUUGGUAGCCUGAAUGGUGGUGGUGGUGGCGGCGGCGGUGGCUCGGACCAGGACUUUGAUGUUUGGGGCGGAAUGAACGGUGGUGCUGGUCAGGAUACGGGUGCUAUUUUUGUGCCGGUGGAUACUGGGCAUCAUGGCGAAUUUGGAACUACGAGUCCGAAUGGGGGGCUACAGCAAUGGGAAAAUUGGAAUUUCCCACCUCAACAGGCGAAAUACGAACAAUGA